AUGACAUCCUCUUCCAAUGACAAGUUAUAUAAGGUGAAUAAGUUCUUCCAGACUAUGAAAACCAUCAUGACGCUUCAUCUCCAACAGAUGACAGCUCAUUCUUUGGAGGAUUACAUGCACAUGUUUCAACCAGUCCCAGUAAGUUGUGUAGUUACAUCACAUUUGUCAUUAUACACCUAGAUGAAUAGGGAAAAAGUUAAGAGACAACUGUGUAACAUUUAAUAACAACUGUGUAACAUUUAAUGAGGACUGUGUAACAUUUAAUGACUAAUGAAAAAAGAUAGCUGUUUAAGAUGUUUGUUUUGAUUGACUGAGAGUCAUUAAAGGCUUUAAGAAAAUAUAAUAAAAAUAUUAAAUUAAAAAUAAAAGUAUAAAUAGUUUCCUAUACAGGAAUAAUAGAAUAUUAAUAGAAUAAUGGUGAACCAUAUACUAUAGAGUGAUGUGUAUGUGUGUGUGUGUGUGUGUGUUAUAUAUAUAAAACUAACAUCUUCUUAAGUCAUAAAAGAAUAACAACAACAGAGCUUUCAAUGACAGAAACAUCUUUUUAUUAAAAGGUCAAAGUUUUGUAUUUGGGGUGCUUUUGAGCAAUUGAUGUGAUCUUUGUUGUUGUUUUAGCUUGAACUAAAAAAUGUUCAUAUGAAGAAAAAUGUUAUUUUCCCUGUGAACAGACCAGUACAAAUGUCCUGGAGCACUGUGGGUUUGUUGUUAACCUUUGUCUCAAUAAUGACGGGUCGGACAUUGAUUUUGAACCAAGUUUUGACAACAUAGAAAAAACUCUGUUGAACAUGUUUGAUGAAAUCAUCAAAGCGUCCCUAGCUAUACCUAGGUUGGAGCGACGCAUGUUCCCAGAUUUACAGGUACAUUUGUCCGGUUUGUUUUAAAAUAUGUUUUUGUAUUUUCACAUUCAGUAAAAAUAUGGCGAUGACUGGAAUUUAAAUAUUUAUUCAGCAUAAUUAAUAUCAGGAUUUCAUGAAAAUCUAUUUCAAAAUUCUAAUUCUAGAAAAAAUGGAAACACCUUUAAUAUAGGCUUAGAGUAAAAUCAUUUGAAGCAUGUACAGCUUAAAAAUAUUGCAUCGAGAUAUCAAAAAUAAUUUAACAUGACUCAAAUUUUAAAAGAAAAAUUAAAAUUUUAAAAUAUUUUGUUAUUGACUUGCCAAUGUAUUGGCUGAAACAGAAAAAUACUAUCUUUUGGAAGGAAGUUUAGUUCCUGGAAAAUAGAAUCGUAGAAACCUUGGUUAUUCUUCAGACCCUAUUAAACUCAGUGCCUUUGCUAAUUAGAAGAAACCAAAAGACAAUAUUUAUUAAGUUUAUGUUGUGUUUGAUAUGUACUGUUAUAUGCCGAUGCAUGAGACUGGUCAUUGUGCUUUCAACAGAUUGAGCCUAAAUACUUACAACCGGUG